AAAUAAUGGGAUGACCUAAAUGCCCUCUGUGUAAUUCCCAUCUGCCCUAGUUUUACUUCUUCGCAAGCUCCCAUUACUCCCUUCUUCUGCCCUUUUGCCCCUCCCUAUUUCUGCCUCCUCCAUCUUCUCUCUACCGCUUCUCUCCCUCUCUCUCUCUGGGUUUCUUCUGAUUUCGGAGUUGUGGAGAUCUUUUGGGUAAUCUGAUAUGCCCUCGAAAUUAGGGUUUUGCGAUUUCUCUUUCAGAUGUUUCUCGGAAUCAUUCUACAAACUGGAAGCGUCAGGCCUGUUCAAAGUUCGUUUUUCCUGCAAAACUCCAUUAUUCGUUGAGAAACUGACAAAAUAACUGGCAAUUUAGGUUUUCUUGGACAUACAUAGCAAACUAGAGUUUCCAGCUAUUGCUUGAUCAUUUUCUUCUUUUUUAGGGCAUUGAGAUAGUGUGUGAUAUUUGAGUGGGUUUUCAUGGCGAACCAUGAUAUGAUUCUUGGGCAAAGACGGGAUUUAUCACUGGUUCAGAACCAACAUUUGGCGAUAGGGCAUGAUCAUAAUCUGGUAAUUGGACAGGAUCAUGAUAUGGGACUUGGACAGACCCAUGACCAUGGUCUAGGUUUAGUGGAUGCUCAUGAUCACAGAUUAGUGCUAGGUCAGGCCCAUGGCCAUGAAAUGGCUCUACAGCCUGCCCAAGGUCAUAGCAAUGAACAUGAGACCAGAUAUGAACAAAGUCAAGAUGAUGAAAAAAAUCCAGGCAAAGAUGCUGAUCCUGCUGCUGAUCAAGAUGAUACUGACCUCGAAAGCCAUGAUCACCAGUUGGGUCUUAGUGUUCAGAAUCACGAAUUCGGUUUGUUGGAGAAUAACGAAUUGACUGUUGUUGAAAAUCAUAACAUCGAUGAUAACUUAGAGCUUACUGUGGACCAAAAUCAGGACUUGAGCAUUGUAACUUCUCCGGAUAUGUCUGUUCAGCAGGACCACCUGGUAGUCACUACUCCUAUCUGUCAGUCCCGAAUUUUGCUUCCUGCUCCAACAUGUGAAUUAACUGUUGGGCAAGAGUUUCCUGAUGUCAAGAGCUGUCGUAGGGCAUUGAGAGAUUUGGCAAUUGCUCUGCACUUUGAGAUUCAGACUGUUAAGUCUGACAAGACUCGUUUCACUGCCAAAUGUGCAAGUGAGGGAUGUCCUUGGCGGGUUCAUGCUGCAAAACUUCCAGGUGUUCCUACCUUCACCAUUAGGACCAUCCAUGAGGAGCAUACUUGUGGUGGAAUUACCCAUCUUGGCCAUCAACAAGCUUCAGUCCAGUGGGUUGCAAAUUCCGUGGAACAAAGCCUUAGGGAGAAUCCCCAUUACAAACCAAAGGAGAUCUUGGAGGAGAUUCAUCGUGUUCAUGGGAUCACAUUAUCAUACAAGCAAGCCUGGAGAGGGAAGGAGCGGAUGAUGGCUGCUGUGCGGGGGUCAUUUGAAGAAGAUUAUCGCCUCCUUCCUCGGUAUUGUAGCCAGAUUAAUCGGACAAAUCCAGGAAGUAUUGCAUCAGUUUAUGUGAAUCCAGUGGAUAACUGCUUCCAACGUCUGUUUGUUUCAUUUCAAGCGUCAAUCUAUGGGUUUUUGAAUUCUUGCCGCCCACUUAUUGGGCUUGAUAAAACUGUCCUGAAAAGCAAGUACCUUGGGACAUUGCUUUUUGCCACUGGUUUUGACGGGGAUAGUGCCCUAUUUCCGUUGGCAUUUGGGGUGGUUGAUGAGGAAAAUGAUGAUAACUGGAUGUGGUUCCUUUCUGAGCUGCAUAACCUGCUUGAAACUAACACUGAAAACAUGCCAAGGCUUACAAUCUUGUCUAACAGACAGAGGGGCAUCGUGGAGGGUGUGGAAGCAAACUUCCCAACUGCUUUUCAUGGGUUCUGUAUGCAACAUCUCAGUGACAGUUUCCGGAAGGAGUUCAACAAUACUAUGCUCGUCAACCUUCUUGGGGAAGCUGCUAAUGUUCUUACUGUUAUCGAGUUUGAAGCGAAAGUCCUUGAGAUUGAAGAGAUAUCACAGGAAGCUGCUUACUGGAUCCGACGAGUUCCACCUCGCUUGUGGGCCACAGCAUAUUUUGAGGGCACAAGGUUUGGCCAUCUGACUGCAAACUUAGUUGAAUCAUUAAAUUCUUGGAUACUUGAAGCCUCCGGGCUUCCAAUAAUUCAAAUGAUGGAGUCUAUCCGUCGGCAACUGAUGAUUUGGUUCAACGAGCGUCGAGAGGCAAGUAUGCAGUGGGCAUCGGUACUUGUUCCUUCCGCUGAGAGGCACAUGUCGGAGGCUCUUGAGCGAGCACGUACAUUCCAGGUGCUCCGAGCAAAUGAAGCUGAAUUUGAAGUUAUAUCCCAUGAAGGAACAAAUAUUGUGGAUAUUCGAACUCGUUGUUGUCUGUGUCGAGGAUGGCAGUUAUAUGGGCUGCCUUGUGCUCAUGCUGUUGCAGCCCUCCUUUCGUGCAGGCAAAAUGUCCAUCGAUUUACUGAGAGUUGUUUCACCGUGGCAACGUAUCGUAAGGCAUACUCUCAGACAAUACAUCCAGUGCCAGAUAGAACCCUUUGGAAUGAGACAUUGGAUGGAGCUCAGAAUGAAGGAGAUGGUGCUGACAUUGUCAUAAACCCACCAAAAUCACUUCGGCCUCCAGGUCGACCAAGGAAAAGGCGAGUUCGCACGGAAGAUCGGGAUCGAGGGAAACGGGUUGUCCAUUGCAGCCGUUGCAAUCAAACUGGCCAUUUUAGAACCACCUGUGCAGCGCCCAUAUAAAGUAUUCUAGGUCAUUUUGUCUUUCAUCUGCCUAUUUCUCAUUUUCUGUAUAGAAUUCUAGGUCUUCUUCUUUUUUUUCUUAAAUAAAUUAAUUAUUUUUGUCUUUCUUUUAUUGUUCUUUUAUAUAUUUGUAAUGUUUAGAGUUCCCAGCCGGAAAACUUUCUAUUUCCCAUAAA